AAUUUAUAUGUUGAAGAUAAAAUACGAUAAGAUAAUCAGAUGACUUUUUGUAUUAAAAUUACACUUGUCAUUACAAUAAUAGAUAAGUUCAAAUGAUAUAAAUAUCGGAUGUAUACAUUGCUUUCAGCGACAUACUGCGGUUUAUUUACAGCUGAUCAUUCGUAAACAUUCUAUCUACAAUAUGUGGUCAAGCACGUGUGUGCGUUCCGCGUUUAAAUUAUGCAGAACGACAGAGUCCAGGAGGACAGCUCUGUUGAUUCGACAACUGUCAGCAAUGGCGAACAAAACUCGUGAAGUGGAGGAACAAAAAAUCAAAGUGGACGGCAUGGAAAUAAAUUAUGCCAGAGUCGGAAGAGGUGACCAUCCGGUGUUGUUGUUACCUGGUGCAUUAGGUACGAUAUGGACUGAUUUUAAGCCGCAGAUCGAAAAUCUAAAUGUGGACAAGCUGACCAUAGUAGCAUGGGACCCACCCGGUUAUGGAAAAUCGCGACCACCCGACAGGAAUUUUCCGGAUGAUUUCUUUCAACGCGACGCCGCAUGGGCUUAUAAUCUGAUGCAGACCCUGGGCUACUCGAAAUUUUCUUUAAUUGGCUGGAGCGACGGCGGCAUCACAUCGCUUCUACUUGCCUCAAUGUAUCCUGAGAACAUUCGUAGGAUGGUCGUUUUUGGUGCAAAUGCAUAUAUACAUCCGGACGAGACGAAAAUAUAUGAAAAUAUCAGAGACAUUAACAAGUGGUCGGAAAGAAUGAGGAUAUCUAUGAUACAAGUUUACGGCGAGGAUUACUUUAGAAAGACUUGGUCGAAUUGGAUAGAUGCUAUGCUAAAAUUAUACGAAAAGCAAAACGGCGACCUAUGCAAACAAGCUUUAUCAAAAAUAAAAUGUCCAACGUUGAUUAUUCAUGGAGGUAAAGACGCAUUGGUUUUACCGGAACAUCCGACAUAUCUCAAGCAAAAUAUCGCCAAUUCAAGCGUACAUAUUUUCGAAAAAGGAGCACAUAAUUGUCACUUAAAAUAUUUUGAAGAGUUCAAUGAUUUAGUGACAAAUUUUAUUCUUGAUCAAUCAAAACUGUAAUAAAUUUGUUGUGAUAAUUUGUA